CGGCGGGAGCGGGCGGCGUCCGCGCGCUGCUGGUGACGGCGCACCCUGAUGACGAAGCGAUGUUCUUCGCCCCCACGGUGUUGGGCCUGGGCAGGGAUGGCGCCCGCCCCGCCGUGCUGUGCUGCUCCCCAGGAAAUUAUUACAGUCAAGGAGAGAUUCGUAAGAAAGAACUGGAACAGAGUUGUUUUCUUCUGGGGAUUCCUGCUUCCGAUGUAACAGUCAUCGAUCACAGGGAUCUUCCAGAUAAUCCUGCUGUUGAAUGGGACACGAGGCUCCUUGCUGCCUUUGUGCUAAAGCACAUAGAAGCCAAUAACAUCAACCUGGUGAUAACCUUUGAUGCAGGAGGAGUGAGUGGUCAUGCUAACCACAUUUCUCUCUACACUGCUUUAAGGUACCUGCACUCAGAGCGGAAGUUACCGGAAGGGUGCCGUGUGCUCGUGCUUGAAUCGGUCAAUCUCUUCCGGAAGUACAUCUCCAUCCUGGACAUACUCCUUUCCUGCCUCCUGCCCGGAGAUGCGCUCUUUGUCCUCACCGAGGAGGAGACUGAACAAGCCAAGAGAGCCAUGCGGUGCCAUCGCAGCCAGCUCCUCUGGUUUCGCCACCUCUAUAUGCUUUUCUCACGUUAUAUGAUGAUCAAUUCUCUCCGCCUUCUGUGAAAGAGACACUGCUCUCAACUUCAGGAGUCAAAGAAUGAGUAAAAGACCACAUCAGGCCACAGACUAAAGAAAACUCACCUGUUAUGUGCUCAAGAGGAGAGGAUUCUCUUUGUGUGGCAUUCUUUCAGACUACAAAAAACAGGCUGUAUGAACUUGCUUCUGAGUAUUUUGUUGCCCGAUACAUUGAGAUGAACAAGGUCCAACGACUACUCCAGCUUCUCACUGUAGAUGCUUACAUCGGAUAAGAAAUUUGGCUUAACCUAAUUAGGAGUAAAAUGCAGGAGUAUCCUGUAUUGGAGAAGAUACGGCACAAACUAUUUUUCCCCAAGAGGAUAUAUCUGCGGGGACUGCUUGGCAAUUAUCUCUUGGGGCUUCUGUCAAAUCCAAAUAUCAGAAGUGACUUUUCAAAGGUCAUGCUAUCGCCACAGAUAAAACCAGAACCACAAGACCCGUCUUAUUCAGUCAGAACUUUAAAAAAGCCACAGCUUAUGAAUAAAAUAUAUGAAACAAUACAAAUUACUCUAAUUGCACAGAUCUUUGCUGCUACUGCUGCUUCUUUCAGAUACAAUGUCUAACAGGCAUGACCCUCAUGAAACAUGAGCAUUUCUUCUUGCUUCAGAACAUGGAGAUCGAGACCAACUCACACGAGUCUCAACAGGAUGCAAGAAUGAGGCACAAGACACCCAGACUGUAACUUGUCUUUUAUAGAAUACACGUGGAGAUAAAAAUUGCAAGAGAUGUCUCAAAAGCUGUUCCACUUAUGUAAAUGACAAGUGCAAGAGAUAAAGAUCCUCUCCCUUUAUGUUAAAAGCAGCUUGAAACGUGACGCUGGGACAAUGAAGUGUCUGUUCUGUUUCUUUGUGCAAAUGCUGCAGCUGGAGAAGAAAAAGGAGACCUUUCUAGAAGCAGCGGACAAGUUGUAGUACAGCAAUCAGAUCUAGCAUGGACCUCUUGACAACAGAGAUCCCGUUGGGCAGCUGAAAUGGCUCCUGGUUUGCAUCACAAAGGUAAGCAGCAAAAGUGGACUCCUGGUGUGAGUGGUGUGUGGCUGAACACACCCAUGGAACAGUCUGCACAGGUACACAAGAAGGUGUUCUCCUACACCAAAUAUCACAUGCCAUUUUUUCAUCACAUCCACAACUCUCAACAAACAAACAAGGACAAACUCUGGCCCUAAGAAACCCAUUUAAUCUUUCAGACCAGGCUUUGCCAAUUUCACCAACGUUAAUGACCUUGCAAAGAAGAAAGUAAGAUUCAGAAGUUUCCCCAGGAGCUAGAAGCAGGCGAAGGGGGAUCACUGGUGCAAUUGGACACUGUUGUAGAUUGAAGCACGUGGUCAGAUGUGUAACAUUCACUUGAGAAGACCAAGUUAAAAAAGGAUUGAUGUGCUUUAAGGACGCCACACUUAGAGGAAACAUAAAGCAGAGGCCAGAGCACCCGUUCUCAUUAGAUCUCUGCUGACAUUUUCUGCACGAGCAUGGAUUUGAGACCGAAGCAGCACCUGAAAUCACCAGCACUGAUCCCAUAUCAGAUGUGGACAUAAUUAGGGGUAUACCCUAUGGAAACAACACGGUGGAUGUUCUGCAGUUGUGUCAUCUUCUUUUAGCUCUAAGGUGUUGAUUGGAAAAGCGCAUGAGCUUUUAUUCAUCAAUAAGAAUAGGGAACAAAAAAAACCCAACUCACUUGCAGUUAAAAACGUGGAGAUCUGCCGAGGCCCAGACCUCAAAGCGGACGGCUCCGCAGUGACAGCCUCCCGUGUGUUUGACCAAACUUCUGCAUUCACUGCAGAGAAAAACAACAGAGAGGAUUUGUCAUCACACUUCUUUUUUUUUUCCUUUUCCCCCAAGCAAACUGUAAGACUACAUACAACAUUAUUCAAUUCUGCUUUGAGCAAUCGCAGAACUUGAGAAAAUGUAUCCACUCAAAUGUAUUUUUUUAAUAAAAUACGCCAAAGUGAGGUAGAGAA